CAGGCGGAAGCGGUGCAGCCUAGAACAUCCCGAGCCCAGACACAGAGGACGGAGGUAACCACGGUGCAUCGCCCAUAGAUAAACGUUCAGUAAAACUGCAGACAUGGACAAAAGUGACCUGGUACAGAAAGCCAAGCUGGCAGAGCAGGCGGAGCGCUACGACGACAUGGCGUCGGCGAUGAAGGCCGUGACGGAGCAGGGCCACGAGCUCUCCAACGAGGAGCGUAACCUGCUCUCCGUGGCCUACAAGAACGUGGUGGGCGCCCGGCGCUCGUCCUGGCGCGUCAUCUCCAGCAUCGAGCAGAAGACGGAGGGCAACGAGAAGAAGCAGCAGAUGGCACGCGAGUAUCGCGAGAAGAUCGAGGGCGAGCUGCAGGACAUCUGCAAUGACGUCCUGGGACUUCUUGACAAAUACCUCAUUGCCAAUGCAAGUCAAGCAGAAAGCAAGGUCUUCUACCUGAAAAUGAAGGGCGAUUAUUACAGAUAUCUGUCUGAAGUGGCCUCUGGAGACUCCAAGAAGACUACGGUGGAAAACUCACAGCAGGCGUACCAGGAGGCCUUCGAAAUCAGCAAGAAGGAGAUGCAGCCCACACACCCUAUCAGACUGGGCUUGGCUCUCAACUUCUCGGUCUUCUACUACGAAAUCCUCAACUCUCCUGAGCAGGCCUGCAGCCUGGCAAAGACGGCAUUUGAUGAAGCAAUUGCUGAGCUUGACACCUUGAAUGAGGAUUCCUACAAAGACAGUACUCUGAUCAUGCAGCUACUAAGGGACAACCUCACUCUCUGGACAUCAGAAAACCAGGGUGAUGAAGCCGAACCGGCCGAGGGGGGGGAGAAUUAAGGGCUGCACUGUCGACCGUAGCCACUCUUAAACCACUCUGCUCCUGCAUCCCAGUCCUUGCCGCGCCCCUCUUCUGUAUGACAAGCAGCACGAAUUGUACCCACCCUGCUGAGCCCCCCCCGGGAGUCCUGUGAGCAGACAGGGCAGUGUGCAAGUCUGCUUAGGAAUCAACAUCAUGUUCAAAUUGCAAGACAUUUUUUAUUUGGAAAUUAUGCUUUUGUGUAGCAGGUUGGAUUUUUUUUUUUCUUUUUGUUCUUUUGGCCCCCUCCCCACUUACCCUCGCCCACACACACAAAUAUAUAUAUAUUGCCACCCCUACCCUCCUGUUUUCGUCUGUCUUUGGUGUAAUUGGUCUGGGUAUAUGCUGGUUUUAUUAUAAGGUUAUUAAACUGCCAGUUUAAUUUCACCAAACACUGUGAAAAUUAGUUUUGUUUAUUUAGCCCCCUGUUUGCCUCUUGACGAAAUACCCCUUCCCUUGCCCCCCACCUGCUCAAUUCACACCAUGUGUUCUGGUCUUUUAUUCUGGUCUGUUAAAUUCAGACACUUCCUAUGUUAGGGUAACAGUACAAUUCUGCUGGUGCUUCAUACAGAAAGGUCUAAUGAUGUAUUGUGACACUGGCUGUGAGCUUUUUUGCCAUUUUAUGUUUUUUUUUUUUCCAAGCUAUGUAUGCAAAUAUUCAUUUUACAGGUCCAAUUAAGUCCAAUUCCAACAUUCCAUUACAUGUAAAUUAUUCUUUUUCAAGAAGUAGUAAUUUCUGGAACAAACUGUAAUGAAUUAUAUUUUCCAGGGACAGUAAACUUGAGUUUGUUUCGUUUCUCAUUUGUUCGUUCACAAACAUGCUCCAUUCUGACUGCAUUUGGAGGUAUGUAACUUAAUACUAAACUUGGUAUGUAAAUGAAAUCUUUUUCAGUGAGAAAUUGUAUGAAAAUUUUAUCUUUACAAAGGCCAGCAUGCUUUUUUUAAUUAAGCAGGGGAAGUGGCAUUUUUAAAUUUGCCUCCAGGGUCCUUAGGUUGAUCCUUUAAAAGUUCAAAUGGGAUGUAUAAACAAAGCAUGUCUCUGCUUCUAUUCAGGGGGAUUUUUUGAUCAUUUAUGCCUGCAACUAAGACAGUCCUGAUACUCAUCGCAUUAAUAUGUAGUUCUGGCCACCCAGCCGCUCGCUGAACCCAUCAAGUCUGUGUAAGGGAUGGAAGAACCACCAAGUAGCUCAGUGUCACAAUACUCGGCUGUCAUCAUAACAUUCCACAUAGGUGUAGAAGUCAUCCGUUCGUCUUGCUGAAGACAAUGUUUCAUGCACUGAUGAAAAACCUUGUGUUGCUGAGCAAAUGGCAGUUAAUAUUCUCUGCUUGAUGAAAAUGCAGUAGUGAAUGUGGAAAUAAGCCUGUCUGUAUAUCUGGCAUCUCUCCUUGCUCUGUUUUUACUCACCAGUAUUCUGCCUAAACAUAGCUUCUGUGACGGUCUAUCACCUAGUGUGCACGUGGUUGUGAAAUGUAGAGUAGCUAUAAAUAAAAUUGACAAAAUUAAGUACCUGGUUACUGACGUUUAAAAAAAAAAAAAUUUGUGUAUGUCUUUUAUGACAGUUCAAGUUUCACCUUAUCUGUAAUAGAAAAGUAAAAGAUGAUUUAAAAUUAAAUAAAACUUUUAUCAGUUCAGAAAAA